AGGUAAAUUCCCUCUCUCUUUCUGCUGGCAAAAAAAUAUAAAAAAGGAUGUACACUAGGACUCCGCUACUUUAUUGGAGUUUGACACGCCUAGUGCGAAAGCCAUCACAACCACACUUUCUCCGUCUUCCUACCGUUGCCAUAACCACAAUGCCACCAAAGAGAAAGAAUUCUAAUGCACCCGUCAAGCCUGCAAAAAAGAAGAAAACUUGGGAACCUUUUGAUCCCACGCUUCCUAGAAACGUAACGCUUCCUGAGGACAUGACAUUUCCAAAAGCACCCGAAGGAUCGAUCAAGCUGGCAUCGUUCAAUGUCGGCGGUUUGAACAGCAGUAUCAAAAAAGGCUUUAAAAAUUACGUUGCAGCCGAGAAUGCGGAUAUUAUCUUCUUACAAGAAACAAAGGUGAAUCAGCCUGUGUCAACUGCUGUCGACGACAAGGUCUAUAAGUAUCGUUAUUGGGCCUUUGAUGAUAAAAAGGGUUAUUCUGGCGUGGCUGUGUUCUCCAAGUAUAAGCCAGAAAAGGUGGAAAGAGGCUUGCCAGACUAUGAUGAAGGCUCGCGUGGACGCGUUAUUACCUUGUAUUUCCCAGCUUUCACGCUAGUUGCUUGCUAUGUUCCUAACUCUGGUGACAAACUCAAAAAUCUUGAGCGACGUAAAGUAUUUAAUCAACACAUGGAAAAAUUCUUGCGCUCCCUUCAAAAAGAAGGGCGUGCUGUGAUCUGGGCUGGUGAUUUGAACGUGGCACAUACGCGUAAAGAUAUUGCACGGCCUGAUACCAAUACAAGAUCCGCAGGAUUUACAGUGGAAGAGCGUGCAGACUUUGACAGAGUACUUGCUACAUCUACGGACGGAAACGAUUUGCCCGGGUUGAUCGACACUUGGCGCCAUUUUCAUCCUGAAACAGAAGGGCAUUAUACUUAUUACUCGUAUCGAUUCCAGUGCCGCAGCAAGUUGAUCGGUUGGCGACUGGAUUAUUUUGUGGUGACCCCUGAUCUUAUGGACAAAGUCGUUGAAAGUGAGAUCCGUCAAAUAGCAUAUGGAGCUAGUGAUCAUGUCCCUCUCGUACUUGUAUUAAAGGAUGUAGAUAUGGGUAAUGCAGCGAAUGCAAGCAGCCCAGAAGAAGACAAUGAUAGCAAUGAUACUAGUGAAACUAGCGAUGCAACGUAGAGAAAUAAAGUAAUAUUGAUGGUGACAAUGGAUGACACGUAUUCAAAAGAAAUGAAAUGGAUGCUAUGUAAAUAUGAAUAGUGGGGGAUUGGUUUGCUAAUAGUAUAUG